AUGAACUUACGCGAUGGCCGUCGCGACGGCCGAAUUGAUUCGGAAACAGAGUUUGAGCGUCACUGAUGUAAACACCGUACUGGCGCUGAAAAAGAGAUCAACCCCGAAACUGAAAGUGCUGUGAGAGAAUUUGUGGAUAAGUAUCCUCCGUUGAGGGAAAAACAGUUCGGGGGGAAACUACUAAGGACAAGGCAGGGGCUUUACCAACGGCCGUGGACUUGUUGACGGGACUAGAAAAUGAUUUUUACUCUGAAGAUUAGCCAGUAGGGCUCAGCAGCGACAAAGGAGCCGUUUAAGGUACUUCGGAGGGCAACCCUAGAAGCCGGAACGGCGGUAUGGCGGAAAACAUACUAUAUGCUUGUAAACGUGAGAACAUCACAAGAACGUUUUCAGGCUUCUCAAAUUAUAGCGAAGUUCAGCCUCAGCUCCAAACUUAGACCAGCGUGCGAGCACGCCCUGGUUACGAGCCCUUCAAUACGAGCGUUUCUUCGUCUACGAAUAAGUUUCAGGCCUUGAGUAACACUAGGUGAAGAGAGGUUUACAGGGGGUCAUGUGUGUGGGAAUUUCUCAUGGUGUGAAAAGACAAAAGAAAGUUAGCAGAAGAAGAAUUCCUCCGCGACUAGUGUCCAAAACCCCACCAUCCUACUACGAAAUUUACGGCUUACAUAUCAGCAGAAGAAAUAAACUUCCUGGAGAAAAAAAGUGGCUAUUUCACCAAUUCGUUUAAUUUGCAUGGGGAGAAUAGAUCCUGAUCAGUAGAACCCUGCUAACUCGAACCCGGCGAACUCGAAACCCCCGCUUACUCGAACAAGACCCGAUUUCCCUUAGAUUUUACCUCAUUUUUCCCAGUCCUUUGCUAACAGGAAACUCGAGCUCGGUACCCCUUAGGUAGUUACUUAAUUAGUUACCCCGAGAACUCGACCUUAAAGUAAAAACGACGGACGAUAAACGUCAAAGUGUCAGAAAAUAGCUAAUUGGCACGUCCCAUUCUUUAAUCGCGAUAGAUACGAACAUGGUAACAUUAAUAACAUUUAAAAAAAGGAACACAAUAAUUAUUCAUACUACUGAGUAAAAGGAAAAAAAAAUUAAUAAUACUUAAUUUUUGUCACGCGCGUUAUCGUCGUGGGGAUUAGUGUGCCAAGCGCUUGAGUGUCUUUGUACAAACAGUUCGUGCAACAUGCUCUGACAUCCGUUUUAGGAUUUGAGGGUCAUUUUCCGCCGUUCCGUGUUUUAGGAUUUGGGGGUCAUUUUCCGCCAUUCCACCGUUCCACUGAGCUUUUAGGGUUUCCCACUUCGGAAGGUGGGAAUGUGACAGAUGUCACAUUCGUUGACGACUGUAUCGUUGAAGUGGCAGUUGCUGAGGUGCGAACAUAUGCAGACGAAUAUGACACGAACUUAGAAAACAACUUUUAUGACCGAGAGGAUGAAGAUAUUACCCCAAUUACGGUUUCUAGAUCCGGGCGGCAAAUUCGCGCCCAUUUUCGCUUGGAUUUCUUAGGCACGCUUACAGUAGAUAUCUCCAAUAACCUAAUGGAAAAGUAG